CAACAUCAUGACAACAGAGAAGAGUUUAGUGGCUGACGCUGAAAAUUCACAGCACCAACAACAGAAGGAAGAGGGAGAGGGAGCCACAAACUCAGGCCAACAAGAAACUCAGCUGGGAGAGGUUUCUCAAGCAGCAGCUGAGGGAGAUAAUCAGUGUGAGCAGAAGCUGAAAACAUCCAAUGGAGACACUCCUACGCAUGAAGACUUGACCAAGAACAAGGAGCGGACAUCAGAAAACAGGGGCCUGUCACGGCUGUUCUCCUCAUUUCUCAAAAGGCCUAAAUCUCAGGUCUCUGAGGAAGAAGGCAAAGAAGUAGAGUCAGCCAAAGAGAAAGGUGAAGGAGGUCAGAAAGACAUAGAAUUUGCAACCAGUCUUGAUGAAGAGGUCAUUUUAAAGGCCCCAAUUGCAGCUCCUGAACCUGAACUCAAAACAGACCCAUCCUUGGAUCUUCACUCAUUAAGCAGUGCAGAAACACAGCCUGCUCAGGAAGAACGCACAGAAGAUCCAGAUUUUGAAACUAAGGAAGAAGGAGGAGUUGAAAAGUGCUCUAAAAUAGAAGUGAAAGAAGAAAGCCCUGAAUCAAAAGCAGAAAGAGAAUUAAAAGCUUCCCAGAAAUCAAUCAGAAGACACAGAAACAUGCAUUGCAAGGUUUCUUUGUUGGAUGACACAGUUUAUGAAUGUGUUGUAGAAAAACAUGCAAAAGGACAAGAUUUACUUAAGCGAGUGUGUGAGCACCUCAAUCUUUUGGAAGAAGACUACUUUGGUCUAGCCAUUUGGGAUAAUGAAACCUCCAAGACAUGGCUGGAUUCUGCCAAAGAAAUAAAAAAACAGGUUCGUGGUAUCCCUUGGAAUUUCAUAUUUAAUGUAAAAUUUUAUCCACCUGACCCGGCACAGUUAACAGAAGAUAUAACAAGGUAUUAUUUAUGUCUUCAACUUCGACAAGACAUAGUUGCAGGACGUCUGCCCUGUUCCUUUGCAACGUUAGCAUUAUUAGGUUCUUACACCAUCCAGUCUGAGCUGGGCGAUUAUGACCCUGAACUCCAUGGUCCGGAUUAUGUUAGUGAUUUUAAACUGGCCCCAAAUCAGACCAAGGAACUUGAAGAGAAAGUCAUGGAACUGCAUAAGUCAUACAGGUCCAUGACUCCAGCUCAAGCUGACCUGGAAUUCCUUGAGAAUGCCAAAAAGUUGUCUAUGUAUGGUGUUGACCUUCAUAAAGCAAAGGACUUGGAAGGAGUGGACAUCAUCCUAGGUGUCUGCUCUAGUGGCCUUCUGGUUUACAAAGAUAAGCUGAGAAUUAACCGCUUUCCUUGGCCCAAAGUGCUGAAGAUUUCUUAUAAACGUAGCAGCUUUUUUAUCAAGAUUCGGCCUGGAGAGCAAGAGCAAUAUGAAAGUACCAUCGGAUUCAAACUUCCCAGUUACCGAGCAGCUAAGAAAUUAUGGAAAGUCUGUGUAGAGCAUCACACAUUUUUCAGACUGACAUCUACAGAUACCAUUCCUAAAAGCAAAUUUCUUGCACUGGGAUCCAAAUUUCGAUACAGUGGCCGAACUCAAGCUCAAACCAGACAAGCUAGUGCUCUGAUUGACAGGCCAGCCCCGCACUUUGAGCGUACAGCAAGCAAACGGGCAUCCCGGAGCCUUGAUGGAGCGGCUGUCGAUUCAACAGACCGAAGUCCUCGGCCCACUUCUGCACCAGCCAUUGCUCAGAGUCAGGUCACAGAAGGCAGUGUGCCAGGUGCACCUGCCAAAAAAACACAGAAGGAAACAGUGAAGGUUGAAGAGAAAAAGGAAGAAGUGCCACCUGAGCAAGCUGAGUCAGAGGCCACAGAAGUGUGGAAGGGGGAAAAAACCCACAUCGAGGUCACAGUACCCACCUCAAAUGGUGACCAAACACAGAAGCUUGCAGAAAAAACUGAAGAUCUGAUAAGAAUGAGGAAGAAAAAGAGAGAGAGACUAGAUGGUGAAAACAUUUAUAUCAGACAUAGCAAUUUAAUGUUGGAGGAUUUAGACAAAAGUCAAGAAGAGAUAAAAAAACAUCAUGCCAGCAUCAGUGAACUGAAAAAGAACUUCAUGGAAUCUGUACCUGAACCACGGCCUAGUGAGUGGGAUAAACGCUUAUCCACUCACUCCCCAUUCCGAACACUUAACAUCAAUGGCCAAAUCCCGACAGGAGAAGGAGUGAAGAAAACCUCUAUCCUUCCCUCGGAAAGAAAGGUUGGUGGGCCAGAGACACAGGAACGUGCUCUGUUAGUACAGGGUGAAGAGAAAAUUAAAAGGCAAGAGAGAUCUACUGAAAGAGCUUUGCCCCAGCAAGAAAAUGAAGAAGUUCUUCCCAAGGUUUCUAUUCCAAUCCCUGAGGAUCACAAGUCUUUCAAAAAGUGCCACCUCUACCUUAAUACUUUUCCCUCUCCUCGUUUUCCUUUCAUGAUGUCGUUUCUCGUGGUUCUUGCAUUGGCGGUUUGGUGGUUGGUCUUUCUGUGAUUGGAAAACAGGGUGCUCAUCUGAAAUGUCAAGACUAAAACUGUCGAACUUUUCGCUUCUACUGUAUGAUGCCCUGUGCUCUUGAUAGCUCGCUGUCCUUGAUAGCUUUUGUGAUCAUUUUUCUGUCGAUAAAAUGUUACUCUUUUUAGACUAUGCAUUAUGGGUACAAAGGAGUAGGAAUGGAUUGCCCAAGUCAGCUUUCUUCACUGAAGUGAACAAGUUUAGACUAAUCAGAUUUAAGCAUAUGGCAGGUUGGUACUUUCUCCAAAAGCUUUUGCUCUUUUAUCCUGCAUGUUUUUAUUACUUAUUGUUGCUAUGUCCUCCUCUCCAAUGUUUCACACAAAACAAGAUUCUCUGUAGAAACAUUCAGUGGAAUAUUUUCCUAAUCUUUCAUAGUCAUUUGUGUGGCACAGGCUCUGUAGUUUAAGAAAAAAUUCAACUUGCUAACCUUUCAAAAGCCUUAAAAUGACACAUUUUAAUCUAUGAAUCCAAAACCACUCCUUUUCUUGGUAUAUCAAACUAGUAUAUACAAAGGCCCUUUUUUGAAAAGGGCUUUUGACUUCUGUGGCCUUCCUAAUGUGUGUUUCUGAGAUGUACAGGGACAAACAACUUCAUCCUGUCUGGUGUAGAGAAGAGUUCUGCAAAGGUUAAAUGCCAUUUUUUCACAAAAUAAAUGUUGACGGUUUAAGGAAAAUGGUGCUGGUAUCCCUUAGCCUCCAGCCAGGACUGAAUUUCCCACACUACUCUACCCAUCUUUAGAAGUCCUGUAAUACAGGUUUAUUCAAGAUCUGUACAUAAACAUAGUCUUCUGAAUUAAAAUACUGUGUUCGUCUUUCUGACUUAAGUAAUUAUAUUGCUGGAAACAUAACUUAGUCAUGUGGUAAGCUUAAAAUAUACAUUGAUAUAUUUUGUUUUCUUGGCACACUUUAAACAUGUUUGUUCUUACGUUU